GGUUGCAGGCCCCUCGCCUGGAAGGAUGUGUGGCCGGCUCUGCUUUGGUUUUGCCUUCCUGCAGGUGGGUCUGGUGGCCAGCUGGGCUCGCUGGGAAGCAUCCAGCACAGCCAGCCGGCCAGCAGGUUUGGAUCGGGACCCCUACACUCCAAAGCCCCUGGCCUGGGGCCCACCCCUCAACAUCUCCGUGGCAACACCCCAUGCAGCUGGGGCCACCACAGAGCCAGGGCCCCCCCUCUGCAGGGGAGAGGAGGAUUGUCCGCCCUGGAGCACCUGUGAGGACCAGGCUGGGCUCAGGACCUGCCACUGUGGGCUGGGCUACCAUCUCAGCCCCACCCUGGGCUGUGUGCCAGUCCGCGCCUUCCCCGGACGGCUGACGCUGCACAGCUUGGAAGCCCUGGGCUGGUCCUUGCAGAGCCCCCCGCCGGAGCCACCGCUGCUGUGGGUCGCUGCCCGGAUGAUCAUCCAGCAGUUGUUCCUGCACACCUUGGGUCACCUCCACGGCUAUCUGGGCUCAUCCCCCCAAGACCUGAAGUGGCCCCGCGUGGAAGUGACGGUGCUGCACCAUUUCUCUGCCCGGGCCCGAGUCACGGCCCGGCAGGUGGAGGAGGCGGUGGCGGCGGCGUCCCGGAGGCCCUGCCCGGAGAGCAGGCGGGCCGGCAGCCCUGCCCCGUGUGCCCUGCAGCGGGCCCUGGGCACCUACCAGGGCCUGAGCCUCUGCCAGUUCAACAUCUGUGACUCCGUCUCCACCUCCUGUGCCUUCCAAGACGGCCUGGUGCAGUGUGCCUGCCAGCCCGGCUACCUCCAAGCGCAGGCCACGGAUCGCACUUGCACAGCCUGUGGCAGUGGAUUCUGGCUGCGGAACGGUACCUGUGCCAGGUGCUCCUUUGGGUUCAGUGGUGCUGGCUGCCAGGAGCCCUUCCUGCUGGCCUUGGUGGUGGUCUCCUGCCUGGCCGCCGGCCUCCUCUUGCUGCUGCUGCUGCUGCUGCUGCUGCUGCUGCUGAGCAGCACUGCCUCUCUCGCCAGAGCCCAGGCCCCCGAGGAGCCCCCCGGCCCGCCCCGCUUGCCUCUGCACUCCCCAACCUUGAGCCUGCCUCGCGUGCGGCCUCCUUGGACCCUGCCGGAGGUGGAGAGUGGGGGGGGGGCCGCCUUCCUCCCCCUGGGACCUGGACUUGGGGCCACGCCCAGCUGAUGCCCCCCACAUGAAGACAUUCCGGGGGCCCGCCAGCUCCCUGCCCUCUGCCCCACAGCCCCUGGGGGGGUGCAGCAACCUCGUGUUCCUCAGUGAUGCAGAGGAGGAGGAGGGCAGCAAGAGGAGCUAUUUCUGAAGAUGCCAGCUGCAGGACCCCCCCCCGCCGCCGCCUGCGCCUGAAUCCGGCCCCUCCUUUGCACCGUGGAAGAAGACUGUUCACCCACCGACCCACAUCGGCCCGGCCCGUGGGCCUGGCUUCUGCACCAGUAAAGGCCCAGCACUUCUCCCUGAGCUUCAUGGGGGGCGCCACGGCUUGCUGCCCCCUGCCCCCUGCCCCUUGCAGGCCUGUGGGAGGCGGUUUCCAUCCCUGCCUGCUAGAAACUGGGGCCAGAGGUGGGGGGUGCACAUCCGCCCCCCCACGACUGCGGAGGGGGCCCAAGAGGUGGCACUGGUGGCCUUGUCCCCCGGGCCCCUCCCUCCGUGGUACAAAUGGGCCCCCAACCUCUGUGGCCUGAGCUGGGCCUGAAUCCAGACACACACACCCCAGUACAGCCUGUGCAUGUGCGCCUGGGUUCUUCUCACUGGGGGGAAACGAGGCUUCUGCAGCCCAGCGGGGGCAGCUGCAGGGUUCAGCCCCCCCGCCCCCCCCAGGCCUGACGGGGCCCACAGGGAAGGAGGGGGUGGAGAGGGACUCUCUUGGCUGCGAGGAGCGGAGGGGGGCUGGGGGCUGGCAGCAGCGGGCCCUCCUGGGGCCCCUGGGCCAGCCGCCCUGCCAGCUCCUGAGGCCAGCCCUGCCGCAGCGAGGCGGACCCUUCUGGCCCUGGGGCCGCUGAGCCUUUCCCUUCCUCCAGAACUGCCCUCAGGCUGCUUCCCGCUCGGGGGGGGGGGGGACUAGGAGAGGAGGGGGAGGAGGCAGCCGUGGGGGCGCAGGGCCCUGAGCAGACCAGAGCCUGGAAGGGAAGGGUCUAGGCAGCCCCCCCAUCCCUGCCCCCCCCCUUGCAGCUAUCCCACUCUCCACUGCAGGGCUGCCUUUCCUUUGAUUCUGUUUUCCUUCCUUCCUUCCUCCCCAUUCGUCAGGUGCAGCUGCGCAGUAACCCCCACAGCUCUCCCUGAUGAAUGGCCAUCUGGGGCAGCAAACAGGGCGGUUCCAGGUGAGGUGCUGCUCGGCCAGUGGCAGGUCAUCCGAAGGAGCUGGGGGGCUCCUCUCUCUUCUGCCCCCUCCAAGAGCUGUGCUGCCUGCCGGCUGGCCACUCCUCAGAGCGAGCCCUGUGGUUAACCAUGCAGCUCUACCUGAUGAGUGGCCAGCCUGCAGGCAGCGCGGGGGAGAGAGGAACAACAAAAGCUGCCGGGAAGCAGAGGCAGCUGCCCCUCCUUGGGCGCCCCCCUUGACCCCCUCGCUACUGUGUGAGGUGCUGCUGCCCAGGACUGCUGGUCCCUUGAUUUUAUUUUAUUUUAUUUUUUACAUUUUUAUCCCGCUCUUCCUCCAAGGAGCCCAGAGCAGUGUAUAUGUUUAUUCUCACAACAACCCUCUGGGGUAGGCUAAGCUCAGAGAUACCUGACUGGCCCAGAGUCACCCAGGGAGCUUCAUGGCUUAAGGGGGGGUUUGAACUCGGGUCUUCCCGGUCCUAGUCCGACACGCUAACCACUACGCCACGCUGGCUCUCCUUGCCAAUGAGAGUGCAGCCAUGAAAUACACCACCAGGGCAGGGCAUUCUCUGCAGGGGGAAAUGGGUUGGGAAGGGUGCUCUUUUGUCCCUGGGAAGAAGUUAGACUCGAGAGAACCAGGAGGGGGCCUGCACCCCCCCCCGGCCAUGUGACACCCUUCACUGCACCUUUUCAGUGGAAAACGGGUGCCCCCUGUGAACUACGUAUGGGCUGCCCUUUAAAUCGGAAUUCGUAGCAUGUGCAAAGGAGCAUUUGGGAGAACCGCCUCCGCUAUGUGGUUAAAGGAAGGUGCCUGAGUGUUGCGAGAUGAGACCCUUCCGUGUGCUGGGGAGGGGGGGCGGUCCUAACUUGUUUUCUCUCAAUCAAAAGCCCCCUUGUCACAAAACAAGGGCAUUCAUCUUGUUACAUUGCCAGGGUAUUGUUUGGACGUUUUAUUUUCUACAUAGCUUUUAUUGUCUAACGAAAUUUAAAAUAAAUUUUAUAAUACAGCGA